UCGUUUCCUUCUGUUUGGAGCCAUACUUGCUUAAACUGUCCAAUGCUUGCCUUACAGGGAUUCUAUAAAGGCGGGAAAUUUGUGUUCAGUUUUAAGGUGGGGCAAGGUUACCCGCAUGACCCCCCAAAAGUCAAAUGUGAGACUAUGGUAUAUCACCCAAACAUAGAUUUAGAAGGCAAUGUUUGCCUAAAUAUCCUCAGAGAGGACUGGAAGCCUGUACUAACAAUAAACUCUAUAAUUUAUGGCCUGCAGUAUCUCUUCUUGGAGCCAAACCCUGAAGACCCCUUGAACAAAGAGGCUGCUGAAGUCCUCCAGAACAACAGACGCCUGUUUGAGCAGAAUGUCCAGCGCUCGAUGCGGGGCGGCUACAUUGGUUCCAUCUACUUUGAGCGCUGCCUCAAAUAGAACUGACUGGCUCCAGGCACAAAUUUGCUCCCCCUCCCCUCCCCUCCCUUCUAGUUUUUCUAAGGGACUCUGCCAACACCUUUGCCAUCGGGGGGGGGGGAGCAGGAAUUGGCAGGGGUCCCCUUCUAUCUUCUUUCUCUCCCCCCACCCCCUGUCAGCCUGGGUCUUCAGCAGCCACUGUCUCACCAGAUCCUUAUACCUCCAUCACUGCUCUCUCUGUGCUGCUGUGGGGCAAGUGUGAGGUUACUGUUGCUUCUUUGUCUCACCCACUGUGUUGGGUUAACCACCUGGUCCUGACUAUGUGAGACCCUAUUCCUGGUGCCCAUCAGUCUUUCUGAGAGCUGUGGUUUUGCAGUUAAGAACAGAAGGUUCCCUAUGUGCUCUGGCAUUUCCUGCUUGCAGUGCAGUGUUAUUCAGCUGCAGGAUCUGCAGACCACUUGCCUCUCCUUUUCUCCCCUGCUAGGCACCAAGGUUUCUGAUUGCAACUGUUAAAUGGGGGAGGCACUUGAGGGCUGGAGCAAGAUGCUCAGCUGCCUCCACUUGGCCCCAGGUAUUGUGGCUCAAGGGGGAGGGGUUGGAUCAGCCUUUUUUCUUUUAGGCUCAACUGCCUUGUAUUGCCGGUUUUUAAGUAAAAGCUAAUAAAGCUUCCACCACCACCAAGGGUCUUUGACAAUUCGGUGUUGCCACCUUGCCUGGCCAACUUACCGCAGGGACAACUCACUGUGAGCCUGGGUCUUCCACUCUGGUUUCCAAAGCUGGCCUGGCUUAAGAGAGGCAAAAGUUCCUGCCAGCCUGCACUCCUCCGAAGGCUUCCUUGCCUCGCUUUCCAGGCACACAUCCCGUGAAAAACGGGCUAAGCAGGAGUCAUUGUUAUACAUACAGACACACCAUUCUGAGCUUGGGAACUUUUAUCCGCAUCCAAGCUGGUGAGCUGCCGAUCAUGCCCAGGCUUGGGGAGAGGGAGCUCUCCUUCACCAUUCUGCAGUGGACCCUGACGGUUCCCAGGCAGGGAGAAGGGCAAACAGGGAGCGUGACAGGGCAACUUGCUCCCAACGGUCAUCGCUGCGAAGGGUCUUCCCUCUGAAGCAUCCAGCCCGGAACAAUGACUCCACAUAUCUCGCCUGCAAUCCUUCUCCAAAGGCUUCCUUGCCUCACUUUCCAGCACACACCCCAACCCCAAAAGGCGGGCUAAACAAGUGUCAUUGUUCCACACAUACACAGAAACAUCAUUCUGAGCUUGGGGACUUUUAUCUGUAUCCUGCAAGGUGUCCCAUGGUGAGGUGCUGGCAGCGAGUUGUCCCAUUCUGCACCACCAAUCCCACCAAUGCUAAUUGUAGUAAUGUAAUAGGGACACUGCUGAUCCCAUUGUUGUCUACGAGGGCCUGGCCAACAAUGAACUCUACUCUGCCUUUCCAGUGACUCCUGGAAGUCUGGCCAACAUAAAGCCACUGUAAUUCUGUGUCGGGUUAUUAAAGGGGAAUAUUAGCACA